GCCUGAACGGAAAAGCUGCACAGGACCCCGAUUCCGCGUCUGUCCUCAUUACACUACUGAUUGAUCAAACAAAAUGACUGUAGAAGUUGAGAGAAAAUUCGUUUGUGAUGCAGAAAUUAUGUGGAAACUACAAGAUAUUGGAGCUAAAUGCAUUGGUCAGUGGCAGUUCCGAGACCAGUACUUUGACUCGCCAGAUUUCAUCCUCACGCUAAAAGAUUUCUGGCUGAGAUGCCGAGAGGGAUUGUGGGAGUUGAAAUGCCCUGCAGUUUCAGGAACUACACCUGACAAUGACACCGAGACCCUUUGUACAAGAUACAGAGAGAUAACCAGUCUCCCUCUGAUUCAAUCAGAAGUCAGCAGGAUAAUCAGGGAACACACCGCUGAAGGGAGUGAAUCAAAUUCCUCACAAAGGGAACAAAUUGACAAAGUCGCAGAAAAUGAGGACACAGAGAUCUGUUCAGCAGAUGACACAAAGUGGCUGAAUGACCUCAAUCUGGUCUGUUUUGCUGAGUUCAAGACCGAGCGCUGCUCUUACACACUAGAGAGGGAGGCCGGUGCAGUGCGGGUGGAUCUGGACCAGGCUGAUUUCGGAUAUUGUGUGGGAGAGAUUGAGGUUCUGGUGCCUGAAGGAGGUGACAUAAAUGCAGCUCUGCAGAGGAUUACAGGCACUGCUGUAGAACUGGGUUUAAGCUGUCAGAAGAAAGUAAAGGGGAAAAUGGAUGUUUACCUUCAAAGUAAUGAAAGGAACCUAUUGUUCAAGGUUGACAGGAUACAAUUAAAGUGACAAUUAAAUUAUUUCAGAGGAACCUUCAGAUGGGAACCGCGUGACAGAGGGAGACAGAGGUGUAUUUUUCACAUCAAAACUAUUGGAGGCCUUGUAAUUUUUGCUAAAAAAGCUUUAGUUUAUCUGCUUACAAUCCCACAUGAAUUCAUUCACAUUCAAGUUCUCACAGUCUCACAAACCCCCCUUUCUCUGUUUCUGAACAAUCAGUGACCUUCUUGUCAUCUAUUACACUUACACAGGUGAUCAAA